AGCAAACAGCCGAAGGUUGAGUCGCCACCAAGUUCGCCGAAGAAUAAGGCGCCCAAGGUUGUGAUAUCCGAGGGAAGCAGUGGAGAGGUGAAACCGAAAGUCGAUGAACCAAAGAGGGUUGCUGAGGAUAAGCCUCAGGAGCAAACAGUAGUAGUGGGCUUAGAUAUUUCACUCAA